AAGGGACCGUGCAGUGCCCUUCCUGCAGCUGUUCUGCCGUCACAUGGCUGAGGAGAUGUAAAUUACUCUUGGAGGCACACUUGGAGCUGCAGCAUGGCUAUAAUGGGGAUACAGAUGGUGGUCACCUUACUGGUGGCCAGUGUCAUGCAGAGGGUGACACCUCACUACUCUCUUGCACGAUGGCUUCUAUGCAAUGGCAGCUUGUUCCGCUAUAAACAUCCUACAGAGGAUGAAUUAAGAGCACUCUCUGGAAAACAGAAGCCCAGAGCCAAGAAAGAGCGGAGAAUGAAUGGGAUUACAGAUGAAAAACCGCUUACAGUCCCAAGAGACAUUGACCUACAUUUGGAGGCAACACCAAUCAACGCUGUGGAUGCUCUUGUGCUUCGAUAUUUUGUGGAAUACCAGUGGUUUAUAGACUUUUCACUGUACUCAACCAUCCUCUAUCUGUUCACUGAAGGAUACUACUGUCUUAUGGAUGCCCAGAAUGAAAUCAACAUUGGUGUCCUAUGGUGUCUCAUGACUGUCAUUUUCUCUAUUAAAGUCCUAUUUACCAUGAUGAAGCACUACUUCCGUUCUGAAGAGGGAGGAGAGCGCUCAGUCUGCUUGACUUUUGCCUUCUUCUUUAUGUUUAUUGCCAUGAUAGUGAUGGUUGUAAGAGAAGAGUAUCUAGAGUUUGGACUGGAACCAGGUAUAAAUAGUAUCUGUCACAAUUUGGAAACUUUACUAAAGCAGCAAGGCUGGCAUUUAUCAGUUCCCUUUAUUAAACUGGGUUUCAAAAUUGCACUGGUCGCCCUGUGCUCGUUCAUUGGUGCAUGUCUUACGUUUCCGGGCCUGCGUUUGGCUCAGACUCACCUGGAUGCUCUUAAGAUGGCAGCAGACAGACCGAUGCUCCAGAUUUUACUUCAUGCCAGCUUUCUGCCUCCUGUCAUAGUGGUGCUAAUGUGGAUCCGCCCAAUCACCAGAGACUUUCUUCUAAAUGCACCCAUGGGUAAAGAGAACGUACAGCUUAUGUCAGAUUCCACAUACAACACUUUCCGUCUGUGGGUCAUUGUGAUUUUAUGUCUCCUUCGCCUCGCCAUGACCCGCUACCAUAUGCAAGCAUAUCUUGGCUUAGCCAGUUUUUGGGUUGAGCAAAUGAAAAGAGAGGCUGGACGGAUUUCCAUGGUGGAGAUUCAGCGUAAGAUUUCCCGCAUCUUUUGUUACCUUACCGUGGUGGCUCUGCAGUACUUGGCGCCAAUUAUUUUCACUCUUCACUGUGUUCUCUUGCUGAAAUCUAUGGGUGAUUAUUCGUGGGGUCUGUAUCCAGAACCUGUUGGUUAUACCCCUGUGUUAAAGUCCCCGACUUCUGCACCACCCACCACAUCUUCUGAAGAAGAGGAAGACUCUGAGGAUGUUCAGAUUGCCGUGGAGCAUAUAAUAGGUGCUCUGGGUGCAUUUCGAAACAUCUUUACUUCAAUUUUUUUCCGUGGCCUGUUUGGCUUUUUGACUUGGUGGGUUUCUGUGUGCCAAAUUGUCUGCAGCUUGUUUGGCCUUUAUUUCCAUCAGUCCCUAGGAGCCUCCUAGAUAAAUGUGGAAAAAGAUUACUGGGGAUCCUAAGCCUAUUUAUUAUUUAAAAUGGAAACAUCACUUUUUGUGAUCCACAUUUGCAAUGAAAUAGCCAUACUAACCUGAAAGGAAAGAAGAUUUUGAAAUCCAUGACAACAAUGACUGUAGCACAUGGAGGAAAGAGCAAGGAAAAAAGCAUGUGCCUGAAUGUAGUUCUCCUGAUUGUAACCAAACAUAUGAGUAAGCCACUCUAAGGCUGAAUGAACUAAAUCAGAUUUUAUAUACUGUU